AUGACCUCCUCCCACUCCAAGAAAGCCUCCAUCGCACUCUCCUACGACAGCAUCGCCGCGCUCUUCCCCCUCCGUCAGGUCGACGCCGCCAAGACCCUGGGGGUCUCGCUCACGGCACUCAAGAAGGCCUGUAAGCAGGUCGGGAUCGCGGGCUGGCCCUACUCGAGGCAGCACCAGGGCCGCAGCAGCGCCAACCAGCCGUCAAGCGAGCAGCCGAGCGAGGAGGACGGGGAGGGCGGGGAGGGCGGGGAGGGCGGGGAGGACAGGAGGGAGGGUCAGAUGUACAUGGCGAGGGGGCUUUUUGAGGAGGCGCUCGAGCAUGUAGAGGGGAGAACAGCUACAAAUGGACUGAGAAAGAAGAAGGAACAGAAGCAGAGGCAGAAUGGAUGA